GCGCGAGGUCCCCCGUGCGCGUGCGCGCUGCGGCCGCGCCUGCGCAGUGCGGCCGGGCCGACGGGACGAGGUCACCCUGAGGGACUGGAGGUCGCCGCGAUGCUGAGGAGCUUCCUGGGCCCGCGUUACCGGGAGCUGGUCAAGUACUGGAUCCCCACGGUGGGCACGUGGGGUGCUGUAGGCACCGUGGGGCUGGUGUGGGCCACCGACUGGCGGCUGAUUCUGGACUGGGUGCCAUACAUCAACGGCAAGUUUAAGAAGGACAGUUAAUUACACUGACCCUCUGCAGAUCCCCUCUGGUGUCUGGUGGUGCAGGAUCCUCCCAUAUCAGUGCCUGCUGCAGCUAGAAUAGCCCACGGCCUCAGGAUGGACAUCAUGAAUUCCACAGCACAACCUAAGACUUUCUAUGUUUCUGGAAAGAGUUCUGAUGUGUUCAUGCACAUAGCAUUAAACCUCACUCUGAAACCUGCCUCUCCCACCCCCCACCUGCCUGGAUAUUGAUCAUGCUGGUGACUCAGGUGACCUGGGGUCCUUUCAGCUCCAAAAUUUUGCAAAUCUAGGAGAGUUUUCUGAUGGCUGGCAGAAAUUGUUAAAUCACUACUUAAAACUGUUUAACAGA